ACCGUCUCCCGCUACCUCUGCCUCUCUCGCCAACACACAACACAAACAAAUCCACACUACUACUGUUGUCUCCGUUCUUACAUCUUCUUGUCUGAAUUCAUCACCAUGGACAGCCCGACCCGAUUCUCCGUUAUCAUAGUCGGAGCCGGUAUUUCAGGAAUUACGGCGGCGAAAGUGCUGGCAGAAAAUGGGGUGGAGGACGUGCUGAUAUUAGAGGCGGCGGACAGGAUAGGGGGCCGGAUAAGGAAGGAGCAGUUUGGCGGAGUCACUGUGGAGCUCGGCGCUGGUUGGAUCGCCGGCGUCGGAGGUAAACAGUCCAACCCCGUCUGGGAACUGGCCCGCCAAUCCAAUCUCCGCACCUGCUUCUCUGACUACAGCAACGCUCGUUACAACAUCUACGAUCACAGUGGAAAGAUAUUUCCAAGCGGCAUAGCGGCUCAUUCCUACCAGAAGGCGGUGGAAUCAGCCAUACAAAAGCUGCGCAACCAGGAGUCGUCGUCGUCGAUGUCUAAUCCAGAUGCCGACGCUGAAACGCCGUCAGGUCCAAAGACUCCAAUAGAGCUGGCAAUAGACUUUAUUCUGCAUGACUUUGAAAUGGCAGAGGUGGAGCCAAUAUCAACAUAUGUAGAUUUUGGGGAUAGGGAAUUUCUGGUGGCUGACGAGAGAGGGUACGAGCAUUUGCUGCACAACAUGGCUGCCACUUUUCUUUCUACCUCCGACACCAGGUUGAAACUCAACAAGGUGGUUGGGGAAUUGCAGCACUCGAGAAACGGCGUUUCCGUGAAAACGGAGGAUGGCUGCGUUUACGAAGCCAAUUACGUGAUUUUGUCCGUUAGCAUUGGUGUUCUCCAAAGCCACCUCAUCUCCUUUUCUCCACCUUUGCCCAGAUGGAAAACCGAGGCCAUCUCCAACUGCGACAUUAUGGUCUACACCAAGGUUUUUCUUAAGUUUCCACGUAAAUUCUGGCCAUGUGGUCCUGGAAAAGAGUUUUUCAUCUACGCCCACGAGCGGAGAGGCUACUACACAUUUUGGCAGCACAUGGAGAAUGCUUAUCCCGGAUCCAACAUCCUUGUCGUGACUUUGACAAACGGAGAAUCCAAACGGAUCGAAGCACAGUCGGAUCAAGAAACUAUGAGGGAAGCGAUGGAGGUGCUAAGAAACAUGUUCGGCCCUGAUAUCCCUGAUGCUACGGACAUUCUUGUACCGCGUUGGUGGAACAAUCGAUUCCAACGUGGCAGCUAUAGUAAUUACCCGAUUUAUGUCAAUCAUCAACUCAUAGAUGAUAUAAAGGCGCCAGUAGGACGGAUAUUUUUCACUGGCGAACAUACAAGUGAAAAGUUCAGCGGAUACGUGCACGGAGGUUACCUUUCAGGUAUCGAUACUAGUAAGGCUUUACUCGAAGAAAUGAGGGCCGAUAAGGAGCGCAAGAGUAGCGAAAACCAAUCGUUUCUAAUAGAACCGUUGCUUGCAUUGACGGGGACGCUACCAUUGGCUCAACCGGACACAGUAUCAAAUCUGCACAAGUUCGAUAUCCCCAGACGACAGCUCUUCCUUCAUACAAGUAAGUUGGGAGUUCCAGAGGCUAUCUUAUGACACAACAAACAUUUAUUUGAGACAAAACAUAACAAAUAUCUGACUGAUGAUCUCUGAGACAAGGCAGAAACCUCUGAGAGUUGAGAGUGAGAGUGUAGUUUGACAGGAAGUACUGAUGAUGAUUAGAGGGUAUCAUAAGAUUGAUUCUUCUCAUUGAUUUUUUCUUGAAAUUUCUUCUCAGUGAACAUUUGUUUGACUGAGGUUUCUGCUGCCAAUGUUGUAUAAAAAUCAUCUUCUGAUUAUAACAUAUAAUUUAGUUGGUAUGUAAUGUUAUGACAGGAUGGUGUACCCAAUUCCUAAAUUUUGGAUUUGAGAUAUAGAAUUUUGUGUAUUUUGUUA